GUUGUGUCACAAAGCCAAGACUAUAAGUCAGGCUCUAAAUUCGAAAUUUUAAAAAUUUACAACUUUUUGAUCAUUAUUCAAUUAUGUCCAAGGGCACGGGACCUUUGUCUAAAUUAUAUAAUGUUGUCAUUCUCAGCGUAGACAAGUUUGUGCCCAAAAGUGCUCAGCCGUUGUGGCAGUCACCAGCGGGACCGCGCACCGUCUUCUUUUGGGCUCCGCUCUUUAAGUGGGGCCUAGUAGCGGCUGGUUUAGGCGACACAUUGAGUCGCCCUGCUCAGAAUAUUUCGCUGAAUCAAUGCGGCUCCCUGGCGGUAACUGGCUUGAUCUGGUCCCGCUACUCGGUGGUUAUUAUACCCAAGAACUACAGCCUCCUGGCCGUCAAUAUGGCUGUCUUCUUCAUCCAAUCGUUUUUGGUGGUAAAACAUCUGCGAUGGCGCAAUGAGAAGACCAAGAAUACGGUUUACAAGCAUCCGCACUAUCCCAUCUGGUCGGGUGAAGAUUGGUGAUGAUCUGUAAAGCCACAAAACUCAUUUGGUGAUAAAUAAAAAACAAAAACACUUUUGGUUGCCGCUCUGGA